AUGCUCAGAGGGGCCUUCUGCAUUCCUUUGUACGUGCCCUAUGUGCUGACGGGGAGAUGGAUCUUCGGGAGAAGCCUCUGCAAACUCUGGCUGGUAGUUGAUUACCUGCUCUGCACCUCUUCGGUCUUCAACAUCGUACUAAUUAGCUAUGACAGAUUCCUCUCAGUGACAAGAGCGGUCGCCUACAGAGCCCAGCAAGGCAACACCAAGCAAGCAGUGCUGAAGAUGGAGAUGGUUUGGGUAUUAGUUCCUGCCAUUAUCAGCUGGGAGUAUGUAUCAGGCCAGAGCAUCAUACCCACUGGGGAAUGCUAUGCUGAAUUUUUCUACAACUGGUAUUUUCUCAUGACAGCCUCUACGUUGGAGUUUUUCACACCUUUCAUCAGUGUAAUGUUUUUCAACCUGAGCAUUUACCUGAACAUACAGAAGCGUACCAAAAUACGCCUGGAUAUUUUCCAUGAAGUGCACCACCAGUCCUUCACUGAAGAGAUGGAAAUGAGCACAGAGGCAAAGCUUUCUUCAAAAUGCUGUAAGAGGGAGCAGAAGGAGUCAGCUGAAACCCUUGACCUCUCCCAGAGCAAAGCUCAAGCAGCAGCCUCCAUUGCCAGACAGGGUGCCAAAAACCUGCUGCUAACAAGCUCUAAGAGCUCUGGGAAACCCAAGUGUUACAAUAAAAAGAGAUGUAAAAAUUCAGUAUCCACUCUGUCCUUAGAGAAACGGAUGAAGAUCGUGUCCCAGAGCAUGACUCAACGCUUCAGGCUCUCUAGAGACAAGAAAGUGGCUAAAUCGCUGGCAAUCCUCGUGGGCAUCUUUGGGAUUUGCUGGGCACCAUACACUCUCCUGAUGAUUAUCCGUGCUGGUUGCCACGGCCAAUGCAUCUCUGACUACUGGUACGAGACUUCUUUUUGGCUGCUGUGGAUCAACUCAGCUGUCAACCCUAUCCUCUAUCCUCUCUGCCACUACAGCUUCAGAAGAGCUUUUAUUAAACUCCUCUGUCCCAAGAAGCUAAAGGUUCAACCUCACGAUCCCCUUCAGAACUGCUGGAAGUGA